GAGGGGAUGCUGGCGCCCUCAGGCCCUUAGCGUGCUUGGGAGAGGCGCAGCGUAGCCCUAAUGCCCUGGCCCUCGUAGGGGCAGCGCCCAGCUCUGGCAGCAGCGUGUUUGGAGCCGUCAUGGCCCCCCCCAGCCACGGGGCUCUGCUGCUGGGCCCCUGGCCAUGCUGGUGCUCCCCGGCUACCAGCCGGAGCGGCACGGCCGCGAUCCGCUGUGGUGCCCGCUCCUGCCAGGGGCAGCUCCGCAGCCAUGUCGUGCUGUCCUCCCAAGCCUAGCCUGCCGCUCCAGGCUGCGGCGGUGACAGGAAGGCCAAAGGCUGGGGUGCCACCCACUGCCCGCUCUGCCUGGCUCCGUUCCCUCCCCCAGUGCCCAGCCUGCAGGAGCUGCUCUGCUUGGCCAGGGGCCCUGCUGCCUGCGCGCUGGCAUGGGGCACCGAUUGCCUGGGGCCUAGGCGGGCUCAGCUUUCCUGCUCGCUGGCUGGGAGCAGGUUAAAAAUAGCUCGGCCCUCCUGCCUGCUCCGAGAUUCCUGUGGCUGCCCCACGCUCGGCCGGGGCAGAGCUGCCGCUGGCCAUGCCCCGCAGGGCGCUCUGUGCCCCUCUGCGCAGCCAGAGGUGGGGGGCCGAAGGCUUGUGGGCUGCAGCCUGGCACGCCCUGACUCACUCCCUGAGGGCUGCAGCUGGCUGGGCUCUGAGCUGCCUCCUGUGCUUCCUUCGCACCCUGACGAGCUGCUUCCUGCUGCCCAGCAAGGGACCAGGCGGCCUGGCACCACGGGCAGAGCCCUGGGAGAGCAGCCCUGAGCAGAGGGUCUACCGGAGCCGAGGGGCAGGGCUGCCCCUCAUUACCGUCCAGACGGAUCCCUGUGCCUUCCAGGUGGAGCUGGCCCGGCUGGCUGAGGAGAGCGCGUAUUUCGGGGCGCUGGCCCGCUCCCAGAUGCAGGAGGCUGCAGAGAGGCGGCUGGUGCUGGAGCACGUCCCAUCGGGCGCCUUCCGCGCCAUCCUGGAGUUUGUCUUCCUGGGGCGCUUUGGGCUGGGCGAGGAGGAGCUGCUGCCCGCCGUCCAGGCUGCCAGUUACUUGCUGGUGCCCUCCUUCCUGGAGCAGUGCUGGCUGGCCCUGCGCCCCCUCCUGCGCCCCCACAACUGCCUGUCCCACCUGCGCUUUGCCGAGGCCAUCGGCUGCCCGGAGAUGCGGGCCGUUGUGUGCCAGUACCUGAGCGCUCGGCUCCUGGAGCUGGCGCCCGUCACGGGGCAGCUGGCCCCGGCGCUGCAGGAGGAGCUGGCAGGGCUCCGGACGCGGGGCCCCCAGCAGCUCUGUGUGCUCCGCAAGGAGAACCUGAGGGCCCCGGCCACCCCCGCCACGGAGCCCCUGCGGGGCCUCUACUGCCUUCCCCUGGCCCAGGGGGGCACCUGGCGCCGGGCCACCGGGCUGCCCUUCCGGGCUGACAAGUGGAGCUUCAGCACCGCCCAGCUGCUCAACUACCUGUUCCUCAUCGGCGGCUACCGGGAGCGCCGUGGGGCCCGCGGGUUCGCCUUCCGCAUGGCGGCCUUCCGCUACAACCCGCUGGCCGGCUGCUGGCGGCCCACCGCCCCGCUGCUGAAGGUCAGUGCCCUGCGCCCUGGGGCUCCCGGCGGGGUCAGCCCUGAGUUCCUAGACCCCCAGCCCGCUCUCUCCUCGCAGCGCCGGCGGCACUUCAGCACCGUGGUGGUGGGGCAGCGGAUUUACGCCGUCGGGGGCUGGUAUCUGGACACGCUCCUGGCGCCGGACAGCGGCACGGCUCUGUACGCGGCCGUGGAGCGCUACGACCCCUGGAGCGACUCGUGGGCCUUCGUCUCCCCGCUGCCCCUCACCGACUUCACCUUCGCCCUCUCGCUGUCCCACGACCUGCCGCUCUGCGCGGCUCACGCCGGCAGCAUCUACGCCCUGGGCAGCGUGCAGAGGACGGGCGAGAAGCUGCUGCUGCGUUACGAUGUCGGGGCAGACACGUGGCAGGAGCUGCUCCCAACGCUGACGCGAGCCGACGCCGACCUGCCCGGCCUCUAUUUCCUGGGGGGCUCGGAGCCCCUCUACGUGGUGGGGGGCAACGCCCGGGAGAACGUGGUGAUUUCCUUCAGCCCGGGGGCCCGGCUCUGGGGCCCUGCGCGGAGCCUGCCCAAGUGCAGCCUGGCGGGGCAGGGGGUGGCCCUGGGCAGCCGCCUCUUCAUGGCGGCGCCGGAGCUAGGCACGGUGCUGGCCCUAGAGCUGGGCUCGCUGGCCUGCUGCCCGCUGCCCGCCCCGCCCUUUUCCCUCUCCUAUGAGGCCGUCUUCCUCCUGCACUUCCCCCUCGCCCCGUGGGGCGCUGGGCAGUGA